AUGGAUACGCACAACGUCCCUUACCCAACGGGUGUGCUACCCCUACAUCAGGUUCACAAGCCGCCUUUCACCAUCGAGUCGCCCGGAUGCGAAAAGGUCCCCGGCGAGACUAUUCCUCGACGACACCCCAAAGCGAAAGAUGGCCUCAUCGCGCGACCUGCAGAGGGUAUUAAUACCGUUUUUGACAUUGUUCAGCGUAGCGCGCGCGUGUACCCCGACCGCGGAGGUAUCGGGUCGAGGAAGCUGAUUGAGCUUCAUGAAGAGGUCAAGACGGUGAAGCAGAAGAAGGUUGAUGGGCAGACUAAAGAGGUUGAGAAGAAGUGGCAGUACUUUGAGCUCUCUGGGUAUUCGUUCAUUUCUUUCAAGGAGUAUGAGACGCUUGUGCUGCAGUUGGGUUCUGGGCUGCGGAAGCUGGGCUUGUCGCCGGUCCAGAAGCUGCACUUCUUUGGUGCGACAAGUAUGAAUUGGCUCGCCAUGUCGCAUGCUUGCGCUUCUCAGUCCAUCUCCAUCGUCACGGCCUACGACACCCUCGGAGAAGAGGGAUUCCAACACACUCUCGUGCAGACCCAAUCCGACGCCAUCUUCAUCGACCCUCACCUUCUCAAGAUCGCUACGAACCCUUUGAAAAAGUCCAACGUAAAGACUGUUAUUGUCAACGAUGCCUGCAUCUUCGGACAUCCAAACGACAUGGAGAACUUUGCGGCUGCCAACCCAGAGUUCAAGGUCUUGACUGUUGAGCAGUUGCGAAGUCUGGGAGAGAACAACAUGGUUGAGCCUGUACCAGCUAAGCCGACUGAUUUGUUUUGCAUCAUGUAUACUUCGGGUUCUGCUGGCCCCCCGAAGGGUGCUUGUAUCACGCACGAGGUCCUUGUUGCAGGAGUUGCCGGUAUUUACACUUCCGUGGAUGAAGUUGUCAGUUAUCGCGAUACUCUACUCUGCUAUCUACCACUUGCCCAUAUUUUCGAGUUGACCGUCGAGAACCUGGCCAUUUUCAUCGGCGGCACUCUCGGCUAUGGCAGUUCGAGGACAUUGUCUGAUGCAUCAACCAGAAACUGUGCAGGAGACAUGAAGGAACUAGGACCUACCAUUAUGAUGGGCGUUCCGCAAGUUUGGGAAACCAUCCGAAAGGGCAUCAACGCGAAACUGGAGGCUAGUGCUCUACUCAAGAAUGCCUUUUGGGCGGCCUUGAACUUUAAGAGUUUUAUGUCGAGAUACAGAUUGCCGGGAGCCAACAUUUUUGAUAAGAUCAUCUUUGGCAAGGUCAGAGAUUUGGCUGGUGGACGGGUCCGAUUCACCGUGAAUGGUGCAAGCGGAAUCGCUGAGGGGACGAAGCACGUUAUAUCCCAUGUUAUUGCGCCGAUGAUCAUCGGAUACGGUCUCACUGAAACCUGCGCCUGUGGUGCCCUGGGCUCGCCUCUGGAGUUCGCGCUAGACACUCUUGGCCCUGUUGCUGGCUCUCUCGAGAUCAAGCUGGUUUCUGUGCCCGAGUUUGGAUACUCUACUGAUGCCAAGGUACCUCAGGGCGAAAUCUGGGCUCGGGGCACUUCGCUCAUGAAGGGAUACUAUAACAAUCCAGAAGAGACGGAAAAGGCUAUAACUCCGGACGGCUGGUUUAAGACGGGUGAUGUUGGCGAGUUUGAUGCUGAUGGCCACUUGCGGGUUAUCGAUCGCAUCAAGAACCUCAUCAAGCUACAAGGCGGGGAGUAUAUCGCUCUUGAGAAGCUGGAGUCUAUCUACCGUGGUGCUCGGACUGUUAUGAACGUCAUGGUCCACGCCGAUCCAGCUCAUUCUCGCCCCAUCGCAGUCAUCAUGCCCGAGGUCAAGGCCCUCAUGUCAAUCGCGGAAGGUUUGGGCGUCGACGAGCACGACAUGUAUCACGACGCCAGAGUCAAGGAAGCAGUCUUGGAAGAUCUCCGUGCUACAGGAAAGAGCGGUGGUCUUGCUGCGAUGGAGCUUGUUGCAGGUGUCGUCCUCACUCAUGACGAGUGGACUCCUCACAGCGGUCUUGUGACUGCCACGCAGAAAUUGAACCGAAGAGUUAUCAUUGAGACUUUCAAAAGGGAGAUUGCCGCGGUUUUGAAGGAUACCCCAUAA